AUGCAUUUGUUACGGACCGCCUUCCUCGGCCUUGUGGGCCUGUUGACACUGCAAGUCACAGCCACACCAACACCGUCGAUUGAGGAGCGCCAAACAGCAACUAUCUCUAAUCGGGUCAUCUUCUCUCCCCCGACGAAUGCUGGAUGGGUCGACCCGCGAGUUUUGUACGCUCGGGCGGUUCAACUGAAGUCUGGAGCUCUGAUCGCUACCUGGGAGAAUUAUUCUCCUGAACCCCCGGCUGUCUACUUUCCCAUCUUUAGGUCGACAGAUGGUGGUUCAACGUGGGCUGAGAUUGGUCGAGUUCAGGACACCGUCAACGGUUGGGGCUUGCGAUACCAGCCUUACUUGUACGAGUUGCCCAGUGCCAUCGGAAGGUUUCCUGCCGGCACUCUACUCCUUGCUGGCAACAGCAUUCCAACGGACCUCAGCAAGACCAAGAUCGAUGUCUAUGCCAGCACCGAUGGUGGCGUGAGCUGGUCUUUUGCUAGCAGUGUAGCAGCUGGAGGUGAAGCCCGGCCGAACAACGGGUUGACUCCUGUUUGGGAACCUCUGCUCAUGGUUUAUAACAACCAGCUGGUUUGCUACUAUGCCGAUCAGCGCGACUCAAGGAAUGGACAGAAGCUUUCGCACCAGAUAACUACCGACCUAGUUUCUUGGAGUGCCCCAGUUGACGACGUGAGAGAUGCAAGUAACUACGAAGCGCGCCCCGGAAUGCCAGCCGUUGUCAAGCUUCCCAACAACAACUAUAUCUUCGCCUAUGAGAUGUGCGGAACCGAUGGCUGCCGUGUGCACUACCGGAUCACUAGCAACCCACUCAACGUCGCUGCCGCCACCGAUUUCACGCUGAGAUCCACGGCCGGAACUGUACCCACUAGCUCGCCAUAUGUGGUCUGGUCCAGCGUCGGAGGGGCCAACGGCACAAUUAUCCUCAGCGGCGGAAGUCAGUCGGCUAUCUUCACGAACAGAGCGCUGGGUGCGUCGAACGCGUGGAUUCAGUACAACACUCCACAGCCCAACGCGUACUCUCGCGGGCUGGCCCUCUUCCAGAAUGAUGCCAACAAGCUUGCUAUUAUUGGGGGAGGCUGGCUGCCACCGAGCAGCACCAACCAGGUCAGCAUCAGCGUUAUUGACAUUGGAGCUACGAUUGGGGCCUGAUUUGAGUUGGGAGCUUGGGAUCCG